UUUGUUUUUUUCUUGAGCUACACUGGAAGAAGCGUUGAUUAGCACUCUAGAGCUCAAUCAAUCCCCAGCGGCCACCUUUAGUCCCCAACUCCGGCGAGGUCUCCCGCUCAUCCAUCCCCACCUCCGGCCGGCCGGCCAGCCAGCGAUUCUCCUCCGCCCCCGUCUAAAUCGCCAUCUGUGGUGCCCGAUUUACAGACAAGCAGCGGCGAGAGGGCAGAGGCAAGGGGAACUGUUCUGUUCGCCGCUGCAAGAGGGACGGGGAGCCGGCCCGGCGGCGCAGCGGCACCGGCACCGGCACACGCUCAUCCCCACGAGGAGCCUAGUUACUGAAGUCCCUCUGUUGGAUCAAAGUCUUCCUUUUUCUACAGAACAGAAGAGUAAUCUCCCUCUGCAGUUAGUCUAUCCUGUGGUUACUGAGUAACUGGAAAGCUGGACCUACUGGCCUCAGUUUUCUCACGCUUCAAGGGCGCUCUGCUAUAAAAUCGCUAAUGGAUUACCGAGAUACUGCAGCACUAAAUGACCUUGAGCUCAUGCUACUAGAUGAAACGGCUGACCCAAAGGCCUUACCACUAUCACUUCUGAAAGACAUCACAAAUGAUUUCUCUAAUGAUCGACAAAUCGGUAGAGGUGGCUUUGCAGUGGUAUAUAAGGGAGUACUUGAGAGUGGUACAGUCGCUGUGAAGAGGUUGAGCGAUAUGUGUAUGGAUGAGAAGAAAUUCCAUGGAGAGGUUCAAUGUUUGAUGAAGGCAAGGCACAAAAACAUAGUACGGUUUUUGGGAUAUUGUGCUGACACACAAGGGAAUAUGUUGAGCUACAACGGAAAAUUAGUCAUGGCAGAUGUACGGCAAAGAUUGCUUUGCUUCGAAUACAUGUCCAAAGGGAGUCUACGUGAUUAUAUCAGUGAUGAGUCUUGUGGACUUGAAUGGAGAAAGCGCUACCAAAUUAUCAACGGAAUUUGCCAAGGUUUAAAUUAUCUCCAUGAGAAUCGUAUUGUUCACUUAGAUCUGAAACCAGAAAAUGUACUCCUAGAUGACAAUAUGGUACCAAAGAUUACUGACUUUGGUCUCUCAAGGUAUUUUGAGGAAAGGCAAACUAGCCAAUCUAUUACUUCAAAUAUUUCUGGUACACUGGGAUAUAUUGCACCAGAACUCUACGAUGGGGAAAAAAUCACAAUCCAGUCAGAUAUAUAUAGUCUUGGUAUUAUAAUCAUAGAGAUACUAACAGGAAGAAAAGGGUGUCCCGACGUUGGAGUUGUACUUGAGAGAUGGUGUGAAAGGUUGGGAAAAUCACUAGAAGACACACAUGUGGAACAAGUACGAGUUUGCACUGAAAUAGGGAUAGAGUGCAGUGACUUCAAUCCAGCAAAGAGGCCUGUUAGUACACACAAGAUAAUCGAAAGGCUCAAGGAAACAGAAACUACAGAUGAGGUAUCCAGUGUCUUAUCCAGCAUUGUACCCACCAAGCUAUUUGUCCAUCCGCAUCUCCUCUGCUUUCCCUGCGUACCGAACAAGCUGAUCCCAAGUUCGCUGAACCUUAGAAACUUCACAGAUGAACAUUUUGCAUUUAGGCUUGUGGAAUCCUAUGCAGAAGAAACUCAGCGACGCUUUGCCAAAUUGCCACUGUACGGAGUCGUGUCGCCGAGGUCAACACACACUCUUAGUUUGACACUCCAGGAACGGGACGAAAAAUCCAUUCAUUUGGUCCUAGAGAGCAGUACAUUUAAGGAUGCACAUAUGCCAAUGUACUGUAGCGAAUUUAGAGGGGACAAAUUUUUAGAAGAAACCAAAGAGAAAGGUAAUAUGGUGCAGCAUGUGAUAGUGAAAGCUGUUGCUACUACUGCACAGCGAGAGCUAACGUCUGAGCUAAUCCCAAAUAAAACGAAGAUCUUAUUCAAGAAGAGCCCAUUCACGUCUCUGGACUGCCAAGAUGUUAACCUAACCAAGCAAUGGAUAAUAACAGGCCAUACACGGGGAUAUGUUUGCAUUUGGGACGGUCAAACACAGAGGAAAGUAGAUUCGUUUAAAGUCUCCACCGACAAAGUUGUUUUGGUUAAAUUUAUCGUACGAAAACAAUGGUUUGUGGCUGGAGCCGGAGAUGGCUUUAUUCACAUCUACAAUUACGAAACGAAACGGCAGCAAGUCCCAAGUUUCACAGCUCAUGCUGGGAAAUUGACAUCACUGGCCGUUCAUCCAAGCAAACCGUACUUGAUGUCAUGGAGUUCUGAUGAAAUGAACCUUUGGGAUUGGGACAAAGCCUGGGAGUGCACACAAACGUUCAAGUGCAAACACUCGGGUUAUAUUUGCCAAGUCAUGUUUAACCCAAAAAACUCCAACAGUUUUGUCACUGCCUCAGCCAAUCACAUGAUAGAGGUUUGGGAUUUUGAUUCUCCUCAAUGUAAAUACACACUCUCUGGGCACUGGGACAGAGUCAACUGCCUUGAUUUCUUCACACAUGACAAUCAGCAGUAUUUGAUUACUGGCUCUAGUGAUUGUAGCGCGAAGAUAUGGGACAUGCACAGCAAUAUGUGUACUCAUACACUACACGCUUCCAUGUCUCCGGUUAUGUCUGUCAUGUUUCAUCCCAAUCUUCAGGUUCUAAUUACAGGUUUAGAAGAUGGCACUGUUUAUUUGUGGAGUUCAACUAAUUUCAGGCUUGAGAGGAUUAUUAACCCUCCUGUAAUUGAACCCCCUGCUUGGGGUUUCGGAUGGUUAUACAAUAUUUUUAGCAGCCCCGUAAGUGAACAUGUUUGGGGUCUCGCAUGUUCGAUGCAGUCAGAAGGGUUUGUGUUUGGAAGAGGAGAGACGGUAGCAAUGGUGGAUGUCAGCAAUGUAAAUAAUCAGGAAGAAUCAAGUCAUCACAGUGUACCGCAGAUAAGAGCUGACACAACAACUCAGUUGAUCGACAACAGUGUGCUACUUGAAGUGCACCCGUCUGACCUGCGCUUCCCCUUGCAACCACACAAGUCAACCACGUGCUCACUGGACCUAACAAACCACACAUAUGAGCGUGUGGCAUUUAGGCUUGUACAGAAGAAUAAGAAGAGCCACUCGUUCGGGGAAGAAGAAGAUUCACUUUUAUCAAAUGUGCCGAUUUAUGGAUUUAUAGCUUCCGGGUCCACGUACACUCUAGUCGUGACAACGAAAGAGUGGCCAGAUCAAGGAGAAGACACAAGCUUGGAUCUGCUUCUGCAGAGCAGUAUAUCGGGGGACAAGUUCAUCGUCCCAUUCGAGAACGAGACUGAGUGUGUUGAUCUAUUUGAGGAAUUAAAAGAGAUGGGGAAUGUGGUGCAUGAAUUGACGCUGAAAGCUGUUUUUUAUGCACAAGAAGAGGUGACACGCGAGAUCAUAUCAGCCACGAAGAAAGUUGAUGCACUUGGAUUCGGCAAUAGUCUGGUAUGCCUAGAUGCACAUCCAACAGAGACAUGGAUCUUAACAUGCAAGUUUUUUGGAGAUGUUCACAUGUGGGAUCUUGUCUCUCAGGAAAAGAAGGCCCUCUAUUCUUUUCAUGUCUACGAGAACGGAGAUAGAGGGCUAUCAGCGACAGUUAAAUUCCUUAAAUUUAUCGCACGGAAGCGAUGGUUUCUGGCUGGUGCAGACGAUGGCUUCAUCCAUGUGUGCACAUACGGAACAGAGAUAGUACAACAGAUCAUGAGUUUCAGAGCCGGUUCUUCCAGUGUCACAGCAAUGACCAUCCAUCCAACCCAGCCAUAUGUGCUGUCCUCAGCUUAUGAAAGCCCGAUUAGGCUUUGGAACUGGGAAGAGGGCUGGCAGUGCACACGAACUUUCGACGAUGAACACUCUGGAACUGUCCGUCAGAUCACCUUCAACCCAAAGGAUGCCAACUGUUUUGCUAGCGCGUCCGAAGAUCAGACAGUAAAGGUUUGGAACCUUGACUCCCCGAAAUCUAGCUACACUCUGUUUGGGCAUUUGGCUCAAGUGAACUGCCUUGAUUUCUUCGCACAUGGUGAUCAACAGUAUCUGAUUUCUGGCUCAGAUGACUUGACCGCCAGGAUAUGGGACCUGGAGAACAGGGUGUGUGUCUACACAAUAAGAGCUCUCAUGGCUCCGGUUCUUUCAGUUCUAUGUCUUCUUCCUGAUCAUCCAUAUCUAAUUAUAGGUUUAAAAGAUGGCACUCUUCAUUUGUUCAGCUCCGCUAAUUUUAGGCUUGUGAGGAUCAUUGACUUAGGCUGUAGCAAAGUUCGCAGUGUCAAUCUGAUGGGAUCAGUAAGGGUUGUGAUUGAACAAGAGGGGGCAGUGUCAAUCAUGGAUAUAGACCCUGAACAACAAGGUGGUAUUAUCAGUGAAGUGGGGGCUAACAUGGUCGAUGCAGCGAGAUUGGAUGUUGCUUGGGAAGCACAACUAGACAUCUUCCAAGAACCCAAAGAGGAUUUGCCAGGUGCAGUGUCAGGGACAGGAAAUACGAAUUCCACACAGGCGUCCGAGGAAUGCGAUGGGAUAUAACAAUAGAUUAGUGCUUACAGAAUUUCGCCCCCAAAGAAAAUAAUUUAACAAGUGAUUACACCAGCAUGAGUAACAGAAUGAAAGCUAAAUCUAUUUGUGCGAAAACAGAUGGAUGAAGAGCAGAAAAUAAGGAUUGUGGGCGGAUGUUGGCUAAUCCUCUCCACUGAUUUUUUGUUGUUGUGAAACUGAUGGUCUCUACACUGAUAUAUACACUGCAUAUAUUGCUUGGUAAAAUUUUGGACAGAUGGAGAACUCGUGUGCUUUUCUUAUUCGUGUAUGAGAAAUUAUAGGCAAGACCUUGAAACCGCAAUUUGUCUAAUGGACACGUCCUUAUGCCAA